CUCUGAUGUAGAACCACGUGACCUUGCCGACGACCUCUCAGUUCAGCAUUUAAUAUCGUCCAUCAUCUGGUCCCGUUUCACAACAUACGUUGAAAUUUUGUUGACGGCCCACUCGCAAAAUCGUCGUUAGGACGAGCGAGCUCGUUUUAGAUUCACCUUGGAUACAUCGAGGACUCCAGACCGACUUGUGACAUUCGUCGAGAAUCCCGACAGGCAUGAUACGAAUCACAUCGAACCUACGUAAUGGGCUGGCACGCGCGAUCGUCCGUGGUUCCGUACGAUCCAGCAGCAGAACCAUCAUCGUCCGAUGUCUUCACAGAAAACAUCAGCAGAGGUACCGCAUUCCCUACCCGGGGUCGUCCUCGCGCCCGAAUCUCUUCACGGAUCUCUCGAAUCUCGCGAUCGGGAACGAUCUUUAAGGCUGCAGCUUCACAAUGCUCUGCGUUUUGUCUCGACACCAUGGCAGCAACAGUUCAGGUUUUACACUGAUUUUCCUGAUCAUAUCAAGGUCCCGCUUCCAGCAUUAUCUCCCACUAUGGAAACAGGAACAAUAAUAAGUUGGCAGAAGAAAGAGGGUGACAAGUUGAAUGAAGGUGAUUUGCUAGCAGAGAUUGAAACGGACAAAGCCACCAUGGGGUUUGAAACUCCUGAAGAAGGUUAUCUAGCUAAAAUCUUGGUACCCGCGGGAACGAAGAAUGUACCAAUAGGGAAACUGGUUUGCAUUAUUGUACAAGAUGAAUCUAACGUGACAGCAUUUAAAGAUUUUAAAGACGAUACAGUGACUGCGCCUCCUCUUACGCCAGCAGCUUCUGCAGUACCUACACCACCGACGCCUACAGCGGCACCACCGCCACCAACCGCACCCCCAGUUACGACAAAAAUUUCUUCCAUACCGCCUUCCGCAGAAAGAACAUAUGCUAGCCCAUUAGCAAGAAGAUUAGCAGCUGAGAAAGGACUUAGUUUACAGGGUCUAAAAGGAACGGGAUUAUAUGGUUCUGUAACAUCCAAAGAUUUGGCAGGUGCGCCGGUACAACCAGCGGCAACCACGGUUGGCGCACCAACCGGAGUAGAUAUUCCUGUAUCGAAUAUACGCGCGGUUAUUGCUAAACGCUUGUUGGAGAGCAAACAAACGAUCCCACAUUAUUACCUCUCAGUAGACGUAAAAAUGGAUGCUGCAUUAGCAAUGCGAGAACAAUUUAAUAAAUUAUUAGAGAAGGAUAAAAUAAAAUUGAGCGUAAAUGACAUUAUCAUCAAAGGAAUGGCAAUGGCUUGUAAAAAGGUACCAGAAGGCAACAGUGCUUGGUUAGGAAAUGUAAUUCGACAAUAUAACAACGUGGAUGUUAGUGUGGCAGUGAGCACAGAUAGCGGUCUAAUUACUCCUAUAGUGUUUGGUGCCGACACGAAAGGUAUAGUUCAAAUCAGUAAAGAUGUAAAAGCAUUGGCCACGAAAGCGAGAGAAGGAAAAUUAAAACCACAUGAGUUCCAAGGAGGAACGAUCACCGUAUCCAAUUUGGGCAUGUUUGGAAUUAAAAAUUUUUCUGCUAUAAUAAAUCCUCCACAGUCUAUCAUUCUUGCUGUAGGCGCCACGGAGACUAGACUGAUACCCACCAAAAAUGAGAAAGGAUUCACGACUGCCCAAUACAUGUCUGUAACUGCCAGCUGCGAUCAUCGUACUGUUGACGGGGCGGUAGGAGCACAAUGGUUAGCCGCUUUUAAAGAUUUGAUAGAAAAUCCAACAACAAUGCUUUUAUAAAAUGUUGCUUCAGAUGGGAUCCGCAAGUGAAAAAAACUUUAAUUCCGGCGAUACGAGGGAAUUUAUGAAUUUCAUCGCCGAGAUUGCUUCCAUAUUGAUGCAAAUUAAAAAUCUUGAUUUUAAGUUUUUGAAAACAAAAUUACAAUUUAUAAAACAUUGUCUUUUAUUUUUAAAUGUAAAUGGAUGAGAAGGUUAAUGUUUCAAUCUAGUAUAAUCAAAGUUAAUGAAUUCAAAUUUGUCGUUUUAUUUAACGAUAAAGGGAAAUUUUUAACUUUGUUAUCGCCUAGCAAAACUGCCUCUAAAAGUGGUCAUGUGUACAUAUGUGUAUUUAUAAUAAUUAAUAAUUUGACUGCAUUUGUUGCAGAAAAUAUGACUACGCUUUAGGGGAAGUAACGAUGAAAGUGUCCAAAAUGUUUAUAGUAAAUAUAAUAAAUUAUAUAUCUAUAUUUAAUAAAUUACCUCUUACGAUAUA